GUUUUUUUUUUUUUUCCCCCUCCAUCACGCACAAUGCUGGAUUUCAUUCGUUUCCGGACGUACUUUGCGUUGUCGCUUGCUGGGCUCGGGCUGGUGUUCUGGACGGGCUUUUCAGCAGCGAUGGGCGACCUGAACCCGUCGCCACUGCGGCGACUGGAGGAGAUAUUUGACUAUGAUUGGCUUGUUGAGAACCUUCCUCCGACGGAGCGCAAGGAGUGGACGAUGCGCAUCGACAACGGCGUCCGUGCCGUCUUUAGCUCUGAGCUUGCAUGCACGGCUUUAUGGAAUAUGGUGCUCUGUGCCGUGCUCACGAUCGGUCAUGUCGCGCAACUCCUCGCGUUCGGUCGACUCAGGGUUGUUGAACGAAUGCAAGUCAAUUCCGAAAUGACUCACUUCCUGACCGUCAAGUUGAUGCUCAUCACCAUGCUUUUGAGCGCGUCGACGGAAACGUGGCUCGAGGUUUUUGUGAUGGGCUUGUGGUUUGUGACGGUCGGCCUCUUCAAGUUUUUCAGUUUGGUUGGACGUUUGCGAUUCGAGUUUCUCUCAUUCGCACCCAACACGUCAAAAUUUACCCACUUCAGGGUCAUUUCGGCAUUGCUUGGGGUGGUCGUGGUCGAUUGUACCUGGAUUGCCUGGAGCUGGGCUGCUAUGAAUCAUUAUGAUAGAAUCUUCAUUUUGAUUCUCAUCUUUGAUGGCUGUGUUGCCUUGAUUGAGACCUGCCAAACAUUGGUCAAGUACGCCUUCCUCCUUGCCGGUACGAGCGACCAGAGCAACCAAAACCGGCUCUAUUACUUGGACUUUGGCUGCGAGAUUCUGACAUUGGGCCUGACGCUCGUGUACUAUGUGCAGCUCCUUCUUUUCGAUGGCUUCAGCUUGGAUAUUGUCACCUUUGUUCUUUUCUACUUUGUUGUUUCCACAUAUCGAACCAUCAAGCGCAAAAUCCAGGCCUUCCGCACCUACCGCAUGGCCUCGCGCAAUCUCGAUGAGCGUUUUCCUGAUGCAACGCCUGAGCAACUGCGAGAAAAUGACGAUGAUUGUGCCAUUUGCCGAGAAGGCAUGACGAGCGCCAAACGCCUGCCCUGUGGACACUUUUUCCACCUGGCGUGCCUGCGAAUGUGGCUGGAACACGGUAACUGUCCGACCUGCCGUCAGCCCAUUCUGGCCCAGUCUGGAGCUGCCGCAAAUGCAUCACCGCAACAGCCGCAGCAACCUCAACCAGCCCCAGCCGACCAACCUGCUCAAGAAGCUGCCGCACCUCCCAAUGCGGAUCAACAGCAGCAACACCAACAGCAGCAACACCAACAGCAACAACCACAACCACAACAGCAACAACAACAACAGCAGCAGCAAGAAGCAGUGGCACGUGCAGCCAAUGCGGCCGCGCAAGCCUUCUUUCAACACAUGCAACGUCCCAUGGGUGGCGGGCCCCUCCCUGCUGGACUGAGGCCCCACACGGGCAAUAACGUCGGAUUUGGCAACCCCGCUGCACCAACAGUUGGAGCUGCCGCCGCUGGCCCCGCCGCCGCUGGACCAGCUGCUGCCAACCCACAGCUCACUCACACGCGCUACCAGUUCAAUGGCCCCGAGUGGGCGUCGUGGUUGCCGCGGCUCUCGUUGGAUAUUGCUCACGGACACGGCGACGUGGCCGUUAAUUUCGACUGGGGUCAAGGGCAUGCACACGCCGUGCAUAAUCUUAACGCAGCGCAACAACAGCCGCAAGCAGCGCCGACAGUGCGGCUGCAUCGACUGCCGACCCCAUUCCCGCCGCAGCAACAGCAACAGCAGCAGCAACAGCAGCAGCAACAGCAGCAGCAACAACAACAACCUCGAGUUCCUCCUGCGCUGCUGCAAAAUCUUCAAGAAAUGUUCCCCCAACUUUCGGCCGCUCAACUUGAGGCUGAAUUGCUGCACACGGGAAACUACGAAGCAACCGUGGAGAAUAUUCUUACUGGUCGGCUUGUUGCCCAGCCACCGAGCCCUGCUGUUGCUGUGCCGACAUCGCCAGCGCCAUUUCCACGUGCCUCCGAACCGCCUCGACCGCCCGCUCAACCGGCCGCAAACCCGUCGGCGUCACCUGCAACAGAGACAUUGUACCCAACACGAUCGAACCUGGCGUCCAGCAGUGCCGCAUCCACCUCCGCGCCACCUCCAGCAGCAGCAGCAUCAUCAGCAGCAUCAGCAUCAGCAGCAGCUGAACCCACCCCACCACAGGCCGAAGCCAGUUCAAGCGACUCUGUGGCCAAUCCGCCCACUGAGGAGCCACUGACUCGUGAGCAAUUGGCCAACGCCCGAGCCGUGUACUUUUCACGCACACUUGGCAGCACCUCUCCCCGCUUGUAGACGGUUUCCUGGGAAUCGUUCGUUGUUCUUGACGUGCUUGAUGGUCGAUUUUGCGGUUGCUGUUGAAUUUUUGCUGUUGUACGAUUCUGUUUUCCAUUUUUCCUCCAUUAUUACAUUCGCUGAAUUCGUCCUA